AUGGUCUUGAAACUGAUAACAUCGACAAAGCCAUUGACGACCUCGGCCAGAGUCUCGGCAACGACACGUGUCUUGCCCACGACGACGAUCUCCCUGCCCAUGCACACUUCCCAUCCCGCGCACUUCCUUUCCAGAGCCGGCAGCCGCGUCGUGGGCUCGCAGCGGUUAUCAACGUACAUCUUGGCGCAGGCAAGGAUCUCGGCGCGCAGCUCGGACGUCAAUGAUCGGAGGUGCGACUGA